CUGUGCUGAAUGUGACGUCAACAUGCACACCAGACAUGUUCUCCAUAACCGAGAUGCCAUGACUGCUGGAUUCUACCAGCCAUUGCCUCCAACAACUUUUGUUGUAGAUAAGGCUCUUUCCCAUUGUGUGCGGCUUGUACCUGUGGAGAUUCCUGACAACAUUUGUGGUUGUUCACCAGAGUCAUUUAGGGUCAGCCCAGGGAAGACUAUUGCUGUGAUCACAAUGAAUGGACGAUAUGAUCUAAACAUGCCUGAGUUGAGAUGUGAGGCAUGCCAAGCCACUUGGGCUGCUGGAGUGGUCGACCUAAAUCGAAGUGACUACUGGCCUGCGACCCUUCACUUUGCCACAAUUUAUGCCACAGAUGUCUUUUUUUCAUUCGAAGAAAUGAAGAUGGCAGCACCAGGACUGUCCUGCCAAGCAUUUUUAAGAAUGCUGGAUCAGCGAACUGUCCGCUUUGGUCGUGUGAGUAUUGAAUUUAUUUAUCCUACAGUAUUGUUAAUGUCUUUGUAUUGUGGGUUGAAAAGCUACCACAAAUGCUCUGCAAAACCAGUUGCAAAACCUAGAAUCCAUGAAAGCCGAACUGGCAGUGACAGACUGGAAGACUGGGUCAGUGUUGUGAAGGAGUGGGCAGACGGUGAGGAAAUGAUUACUAGUAAUACACUUAGUCAUGAAUAA